AUGACAUGCCACAGAUACUCCAUUAAAGAUCUUUUAAACCAUGCUUUCUUCGCGGAGGACACGGGCGUUAGGGUGGAGCUCAAUGAGGAGGAUGAUGGAAGGAAGACAACUAUUGCUCUAAAGCUUUGGGUCGAAGACGCUAAGAAGCUGAAAGGGAAGUACAAGGACACUGGAGCCAUUGAGUUCACCUUUGAUCUGGUGGAUGAGGUCCCUGAAGUGGUCGCUCAAGAAAUGGUGGAAUCUGGGUUCUUUCUUGACUGUGACGUUAAGAUUGUCAGUAAGUCCAUUCGAGACAGAGUUGCUCUGAUCAAGUGGAAAAGAGAACGCAGAGUCACUGUGAUGAAUGGAGAAGUUGCGAAGAAGCAACAGUCGAACCUGCUGCAGGUCCCUGGAGCUGCUCCACCUGUGGCCCCAGACUGUGAGGAGCAGGAGGCAGAGCCACUGACCCUGGUCUGCAGUGUUCCCACCAUCACAUCUGCGUCAAUGAAUAUCGGAGUCAGUUCAAUGAUCGAACACCAGGCCCCACAGAAUAUGCCCUCUACUGAGAUGUCCAGCCUCCCUUCACAGGAUGACCCCACAUUGCAGCAAGGGUCCCACCAGCAAACAGCAGCACAAGAACCCUGCACUGCACCUCCCCCCCAUCUGCAUCAUGGACAAGCAGCAAGAAUCCUCCAGGAGCCAUACACUUAUCAAACAACAGUUUCUGCUCCAGGGACCCCCCCAACAGCACAAGGCCUCUCAUCUUCUGCAGCUCCUCCUCCACAGACUGCACAUGAACAGGUAUCUGAUGAUGUGCCCUCCUCUCACACAAGUCCCCCAGACAUGUCUGCUAACCCCCGUCAAUCAGUACCUGUGCUGCCACUGCAGAUAAAUACACAGUUUUCUUCACCAUAUCCAGACACACACACUGGGGGUCACCAGCCCUCUCUGUUCUCCUGUCUCUCAUCCACCUAUCCAAGCAGUGGAUCUGCCCUGCCCAGUCCAUUUUGUUCACCCACAGCUCAUCUUACUCUCCCUCUGAACUCCCCAUUGCAUUCCUCCAGCCUCACCUCUCUUUCGCCCUUCACUGUGCUGCACGUCCCCACGCUCUCUAGUCCACUGCUUUCCCCCACCAUCAUGCCAGCUGUGCCCCCACAGCAGUACGGCCCCGAACCCUACACAAGCCCAUGUGGCAUCCAUCCCCCUCACUUCUUACCUUUCUCCCAGGUUCAGCUCACCCCUUACUCUGCUAAGUACCAUGAGCAUCUCCUGGCUGGGCAGCCUGUCCAGGUACAUGUGAUUACUCCUCUGAAGAAUCUGGGAGAUCAGCUCCUUGCUCCUGGCUCCUCAGUCAUUCCACCUGCUUCGGCUGCUCCCAUGGGAGGCACCUCUGCCUCUGAUCAAACAGAGCAACACAGCAGACCCAGUGUAGACCCAGCAUUACCUCCAAACUCAGCACCACCCAUCCCAGGGGUGGCCCCAGCUGCCUCUGCUGCGUCGGCACAAGCACUAAAUGUAGCCACAGCUCCACUGGCAGCGCUGCAGCCCGCUGGCAUCCUCAGUACUGUGUCACUGCCUGAGUGUGCCUGCCUCCCUCCCACUCAGCAAAACACUGACACUACAUCUGCAGCUAGCACCUUACAACAAAAUCAUUGUUUAGAGGAUCUGCUGAAGGAUAAACCAGCAUCAUUACCAAACUACUGCUUUGAAAGUGUCAACUCUGAUGCAGCAUCUGGAAAAGAGUAUAGCGAUGGUUAUGAUAGCCUUGCCAGUGUAGGAAAGGGGGAUGGAAAACCUAAAAAACAUCGCAAAUCUGCACGAACACGAUCGCGGCAAGAGAAGACCAGCAAACCUAAACUGAACAUGCUUAAUGUUUGCAACACAGGUGAUAAAAUGGUUGAAUGUCAACUUGAAACUCACAACCACAAAAUGGUGACUUUUAAAUUUGAUCUGGAUGGAGAUGCUCCAGAGGAAAUAGCCACCUACAUGGUAGAAAAUGGUUUUAUCUUACUCCUAGAGAAGGAAAUAUUCAUUGAUCAACUGAAGGACAUAGUGGAUAAAGCUGAAGAUAUGCUGCACGAAAAUAUGGAGGGAGAGAAAGUGGUUGUGCUGAACUGUAGUCCCAAGCACGGCCAGACUUCUGACAGUCAGCUUGCAGAAAGUCCACAGACUGCUGCUUUUCAACCUGUUUAUCAACAAAAUGUUCUUCACACUGGAAAAAGAUGGUUCAUAAUCUGCCCUGUAGAGGAGACCCCCACCCAAGAGACACUCUCCACCACAGCACAGUCGCCUGGGACCUCUGCUCCCACUCAGGAUGACCCUGAUGCAGGACGUCCUUCAACUGUCAGAGAUAAUGGCUCAUCUUCAACAAUGUCAGGUGGAAGUGGAGGUUUUCCAUAUGAUGUCUAUGGAUUCUGUAGUCCUCCUAUAAUGUCCAACACAGACCCCCUGCUCUUAGCUACUCUGUCCCCUCCUGUGUCGGCCCCUCCCACUCUGCAGUCUGUCCCCUCAGUUCAACCAACUGUCAGCUCUGUCUCACAGACUGUGGCCCGGCCUCCACAAACAUCUGUCCCUCUGGAGGAGUCACAGACAUCUCCAGUCGGCCCUGUGUCCCCUGAUAACACUGUCCAGCCCUUAUCAGAGCUCUCCCAUCCAGGGGCUAUAGCAGAGGAACUUCCCUGCUGUCCUCUAGUCAUCCCAAUGUCUUUGGAUGUGAGUGGCCCUCAAACAGGCUCCCCUCUCACCCCUCUCCCCCUGCAUGAGCCAACUCUAUCCAAAGAGCCUCUGUCUGCAGCGUACACAUCUGCUGCACGUGACCGGCCCCAACAGCCUGUGGUACUGCACCAGCCUUUCUCUAAUGUGACAAAAGUGUCCUCUCUGCCCCAGAGCCCAGCGCCCUCCCAGCACGGCGCCACAGAGUCAGAUGCAGAAGGGAGAGUGGGGCGUGGGGGCUUUGUGGAUAGCACCAUAAAGACCCUGGAUGAGAAGCUAAGGAACUUACUUUAUCAAGAAUAUGCUCCCAUGUAUCCAUCGGGCAGCACUGCUGAGACCCCAGGAUCAGGGACAGAAUACAUUCAGUCCCCUCCCGGCCCUGAUAGUGCCACCCUAGGGUCAGGAAACAGCACCCCAGGGCCCAUUGGGGAAGGCCGCUAUCGGACCAACGAACAGCUUCCACAGAUUCCCGAAAGAAUAGACAGCUUGAGCACACUAAGUGAUUCUGCAGUGUGUGCUUCUCUGUCAAGAAGACAAGUCCCUCAUUCUGCUUCAUGCUCUGGAACAAGAGGCCGCUUUAAGGAGAGUGUCAGUGUUGCGGAGGUCAGCGAGAAGAUCUGA